AUUUUCUGUUUCUGUGCAAUUUUCUAGGUGGUAUCGUUCAAUUUUUUCACAUAGUUCACGGGUACAAGUUUCUACAGAGCUAUGGAAGUUCGUCUUGUACUCUUUAUGGACGAAACUAUGAAUCGCGAAUCGAGUUACUAUCGGCCGUAUUCUCAACCAUGGAUUACUCCGAAAAUAAUCUGCCAAUCGAGGAAUUCGCGGAUUUGGUUAACACUCAAGAUAUCUCUCUGUUCUUAUUCACUAGCCCCGGUCAUCAGAGAAUUGGUGAAUUCGAUGAUUACCCUUGGUCAGAAUGUUAAAGUAAAUAUGAUUGGCUGUAGAAUACCUCCAUAUCAAGAUUCUAUUUGUAAACAAAGCCAUGCCAUAUUAUAUUGCUUCGCGUACUGAGUAAUGGCUACAGGGCCAAUAAAUCUAACAUUUCUAUUUAAGAAAUUGACAUUGUCAUUGACAAAUACGCGAACAUUAUUGUAUGCAAAGUUGCAACAGCAAGAAAGAGGCAUGGCGUAACCUAUAAACGAAUUUCAAUGCAUUAAGUAGUGUUCAGCAAUUCAAGAGCAAUUAUAAAAACGUUAAAAGUGUAGUUUAAAAAACAGGAGUGAUAAUGAAUAUCCUAUUUAUACAACUAUGGAAACCGCUACAACGCUGUGUACUUAAUGGAAUGACUGCAUUCAUACGUGCUGCAUGUGACUUAUGAUUUGGGAUUAGAAAAUGCAGUUUAUAUGACUCAAAGUGAUUUAAAGACAAAUCUGGAAGUUGAAGCAGAAGACUUCAGGACUAAAUUAGUGCAAGUAUCUAGCAAGACUCUAUUGGAAUCAAAUACAACACACGUAAAUGAGCUUGUGCAAGAAGGGGAGUGUGAAAUACUAGUUGCACGAAGAAAAAUCAGAUAUAAGACGGUGCCGGCGGGGCACUGGCCGUCGCCGCCGCAGUACUGCAGCGGCACGCAGCCCAGGUGCGGGUCGCCCGUGGCGCCGGGCUCGCAGGCGCACACGGCGCCGUGGUUGGCGGGCGUGCACGAGGCCCGGCGGCCGCACACGUUGGGCAGCGAGCACGGGUCCACGCAGCGCGCGUCCACGCACGCCAGCGCGUCGGCGCAGUCGCUGCUGUCGGCGCACUCCAGGCGCACGCACUCCACCUGCGCACGCGCACGCGUUACAGGGAAUGUUAUAUUCAUUUACUGA